CGCGGGGGCCGUGACGUCACUCCUCGGAGCACGCAUGUUAUCUCCAGCUGGGUGAGACGCACGGGGUAAUGUUUGUUAGGGGGGAAAGAGAAAGGACGAGGAGACGAAGGUUUUGAGAAACGACGUCCAGUUUUCUUCCCCAUCUUUGCAGGAUUAGGAAAAAAGGUAAAGGGCUCAACUAAGGAAACCGAAAAGCGCUCACGCGAUGGGAGAAUGGCCGUGGCCACGCUCGAAGUGUUCAGGUGCUUAAAAAACCCGAGCAUGGCGUUUAAGCAAACUGGCGGCACAAGCUGAAGAGCUUGACACCCCCCGAAGGUUUUCUGUCAUGGCUGCUACUGAGAGUCAGGCUCUAAUGGUGCUCAAGGAAGAGGGAGCGGCUACCCCUGUAACCACACCCACCUCUGCUGCCACACCCCUGGCUUUCUUCGUUAUCCUUAAACCGGGGCACACUAGCGAAGGAGGGCAGGACCAGGGCAUCCUGGUGACCAACCAGGAAGCCAACAUGGCAACGACGUCUACCCAGGCCACACCAGCGGCAGGUCAAUCUGCUUGUGCUCCCAGCCUACAGUCGGACAUAUGUUCCACCAUGGCUGAUCCACAUCCAGAGAACCUGCCGCCGGAAACUGUCUGUAAGGGUGUAAGGGUCACUCUGGACAACAACAACAUGUGGAAUGAGUUCUAUCGCUGUAGGACAGAGAUGAUCCUCACAAAGCAGGGCCGCCGAAUGUUUCCUUACUGUCGAUUUCGAAUUUCUGGCAUGGAACCCUUCCAGAGGUACAUCCUGGUGAUGGACAUCACCCCUAUGGAUAACCACCGCUACAAGUGGAAUGGGUGGCAGUGGGAAACCAAUGGCAAGGCUGAGCCUCAUGUGUUGGGUCGUGUGUUCAUCCACCCAGACUCCCCAUCCUCCGGCCACUAUUGGAUGCAGAAUCCAGUGUCCUUUUACAAGCUGAAGUUGACCAAUAACACACUGGACCAGGAGGGCCACGUCAUCUUGCACUCCAUGCAUCGUUACCUGCCCCGGCUGCAUGUGGUGCCCGCUGACAAAGCCACAGAAGUCAUCCGAUUGAACGGCCCCAACGUAUUGACCUUCACUUUUCCCCAGAAUGAGUUCUUUGCUGUAACAGCCUAUCAAAACCUGCGUAUCACUCAGCUAAAGAUAGACUACAACCCGUUUGCCAAAGGCUUUCGUGAUGAUGGCUCGUGUAGCCGACCCAAGCCUGACUCUUCUGAAAUGGGUUUGGAGCUCUGUAGGCCUCCAUUUGGCAGUGAAGAACAGCAGACUAUCAAGGUGAACCAGCAGCACUUGGACAAUAGUGAUGCCUAUGAUUCUUUUGUCAUGGAUAAGGAACUUUUCCCUUCAGCGGAUUUUGGCACUGAGACGCUUGAUAAUGGCAUAUCUCCACCAAAAACAGCAUUUGCAGACAAAGACCGCAGCAGGAGAAAACGUGCUCGGGUCACUGCUUCUGCUGAGGCCAUGCAGGCGGUGAGGCCAAAGCUGAGGAGGAGUGUCCCGGAGAAGAAGGAUAAAAAUGGCACUUCAGAGUCGACCGAGAGUGCGGAGAUCGUUGUUAAAGAGGAGGAAGAGGAAGUGGAAGUUUUCAGUGAUGAUGCAGUUCCUCGAAAGUCGAAGUUGGACAGUUCUGCUGAACAGACUGGCGUACAGGUGGAGGGAUCAGGAAACUGCGGGCCUGUGGUGGCUGAAAAGGUCUCUGUUCAGAGUACUGGCACUUCAACUCCGGAUUCGGCUUUGUCCUUGGGCUCUACAAAGGGCGCUCCAGAGACUGGCACCUCUGGCAGAUCCUUUCAGAAGAGUGUGCUGCCUGCCAAUACGCAUGACAUCAUUCCUUUGCCACAGCUCGCCCAGUUCCUCAAGGAGCGGAAUUUGAUAGUAAGAUCCAAACCUAAAAAUAUGGACAUUUCCCCCUCAACAGUGACUCCUACGCCGCUGCCUCGUGUCUCACCUCCUCUGCCACCGGACUCAGAACCUAUGCCAAAUGUGGCUAACCCUUCCGCUCCCGUCCCUGGGUCAUCGGAGGAGCCUGGAGAUUCUCAGGAGAAUCUAGAGACACCAUUCAUUCCAUCUACCUCUGAACCCUCGGUUGGGGUCCAGGCUGAGUCUCAGUCGUCACUGGUGAAGAAGAAGCGGAAAUUUGGGGCAAGGUACCGAAGGCAUGGCAAAUUUGUCAGGCGCCCGGAGGUGGAGGGUGGUCCCACAGAUGUCAACAUGCAACCAAACCUGGAGGAUGUGGAGGGCCUGCUGUUCGUGUCAUUCACUUCCAAGGAAGCACUAAAUAUUCAUCUUGGGGACCAGUCAGUCAGUAGAGAGGCUCCACCACAUCCUCCAAAAGGCCAGGAAUCUCCAGCAGAUUACGGGUCUGAAACUACACAAGAGAAGAUCAUCCAUCUCGAACAGGAACUGCUGCAUGAUCUGAAGCGCAUGAAACACAGACAGGUGAUCCACCCUGUCCUGCAGGAAGUUGGGCUGAAGUUGAACUUGCUGGAUCAAACUCUGCCUAUCGACCUGCAGUACUUAGGCGUGUGUUUGCCUUUGCCACCUCCAUUUUGUCCUCCAGAAGAUGGGGUCUCUGCUUUGCCCACCUCUUCUCCAGAUGGAUUGUUCCCUUUUGUGUCCAGGACUGGGAAAACAACAGAUUAUACAAAGAUCAAAGGCUGGAGGGACAAGUUUAACAUCACCCCCGAAGUGUCGUCUUCCAAGCCUGAAGGCGUGGGGGGGUUAGACGCAGCCCUAAAGAAUCGUUCAGCCUUCUGCAGCGACAUGCUGGACGAGUACCUGGCGAAUGAGGGCAAGCUGAUAGACGAGCGGGCUGCCAACUUUUCUCAGAGUGCAGAAUCCCCUGUAGUCUAUCAGUUGCCUACCAAGAGCACCAGCUAUGUUCGCACCCUGGACAGUGUGCUGAAGAAGCAGAUCCCCAGGCCGGUGGCUUCCAGGUUCCCAUUCAAGUCCGUUACUGCACCCAAGAAACCCAGAAUGUCUCAGCGAGCCAGAACACCAGCAAGGCACAAAUAUUCUUCUAGUGAGAGCAAAUCAAAGGCCACCGCUGUGUCUGGUUCACAGACCAGUACGAUAACCUCUCCCAACAAUGUGAAUCAGGCCAUCUCCACUUCGAGUCGCACAAAAUCUAUGAAGACCAAGGUGGGAAAGAUUGCACGGUCUUCUGUGGGAAAGCCAGCACCCGACGCAGUCCGUCUCACGACCCCCCCCACGGCCCAGUCCAAGGCCACACCUGGCGCCCUCCCUGACAAAGUGAACGUGUUGCAGGACUCCAACCUUGUCAACCAGGGCUCCCCUGGCCUGAAUGGGCGCAGCCCUGGCCUCUCCAAGAUGCUGCUCAAAUUGAUGGACUUGGAGGACGGGGCCGUGUGGGAGGGAAAGGAACGCACCUGCGUCACGGAAGACCGGGCGGCGAUCGCUCUGGCUGCGCUGCUCACGGCUCAGGGCACUUUGAAGGGAAGUAAAGCAGCCAACAGGGUGAUCAAGCGGCGGGCCCCGCCAUGCCUCAUUGACUUUUGCCGCCUGGGCUGCGUGUGUAGCAGUCUGGCGCAAGAGCACCGGCGCUUCACCCACUGCGGCAAGCCCGAAUGCAUGUUUGGCUGUACCUGCUUAAAGCGCCGCGUCGUAUUGGUCAAGGCGCCACCGUCGCCCACCAAGAAUACACAGGACCAAGGUGACCUCAUCUUCUACGAUGCACUUGAGGAGGAAGCACGCUCCAAGCCGAAGAAGAAGAAGAAAAAGAGGAUGGCAUACACUAUAUCCGAGCCUGAGCAGGAGUCGGAGCCGGCGGCUCGCGUGCAGACCCUGUGGAACCCGAAGGUGGUGGAGAUUGAUCCAGAGCCUCUGUAUGCACCAACACCAGUCUCCUUCCCUUGGUCUCAGGUAGUGAUUCGCCAAGAGUCACCUAGCAACCUUGUAUCCAAAGAGGUGCCGGAAGAGGAGAAAGAUCCGGUGUACCGCUACUUUGAGAGCAUGAUGACAUGUGCUCGUGUUCGCCCAUUCAGCAAAGCCCAAGCCCAGACAGCUGCUGUGCUAUGGAAGUUCAAGGAAGAUGAUGCCAAAAACACUAUCUUGAUCCGCAAACCUGGUAAAAACCAGAAGAAGCCAGGUGAGACCCAGCAGACCACGUCCCAGUCAGAACCUGUGAAACGCUUGGAGAUUGUGUCUGAAUGCCCCUGGGAGAAAAAGACAGACAGGAAUCAUGUCCUUCGGAUCAUUUGCGAGUACAUGGCCCAGAACCGGCUGUCCCACUCCUUCCACGUUGGUCCCUACCUCGUUAAGCCAGUCUCCCAGAGCUCCCUGGGCCAGGACAGCACAGUCACCUACAAGGUGUGCAUAUCCCAGCUCAAAGAUGGUGGAGGGGAGGUUCAAGAUGAGGACUGGUACACAGAACUGAGCAGCAAGACCAAAAGUAAAGAGAAGUGCAAAGAGGAAGGUGAGGAGUGGACCAGUGCAUCCAGAAGCAGAGUUCUGCCUUUCCUUACACGUGUCUCUCCUGCUGGUCUCCUCAUUGCCAACAAGAAGCAGCCAGGGGUUUCUACCCAAGGGCACAUCAAGGUUAAUGGGAAAUCGUACCCACAGGCCAAGCUACAGCUUGGUCAGAUGGGAGCACUACAUCCUGCAAACAGGCUGGCCGCUUACAUCACCGGCAGGCUGCGGCCUAUAGACCAUCAGCCGUCCGGCACGGCCUUAGGCGCCGCUAAGUCACCUAACCACCUGCCUCUGGGUGGCUCCAUGGACGGCGAUUAUACACUACAACUGCCACGCAUGCCAGUAAACAGCCUGUGCAGCAGCACCACCACCAGCAGCACUACAACGACCACCACCUCGGUCAUGGGCAGCGGCUCUAGUCCCACUGUCGCUGCAGUCCUCAAAAACCUGGUGGCCAAGCCCACAGUGGGGAAGGUCGUCACCCAGUUUGUGGUCAACAAGUUCAACUCGCUACAGCAAAGGCUGCCCAUCGUUAGCGCUCCCCAGGUGGCGGGCAGCCUCCAGAAAGUGGCUCUGCCGUCCGGCCACCUCUUGGUGGUCGGUCCCUCCCUCCCUAGUCGAAGCCCUCAGACAGAGCAAGGGGUGCAGGGUGCGACUGCUGCGUCCACAGUGAUAUCCCCAAGCAAGCUGCCUCAAGGGGGCAGUAGUGUCCAGGAGCCUGCCUCCCCUAACAGCAGUAACGUUCACCCCACCUUGGGCUUCUCUGCAGCCGCAGGCUCUUUCGGCACUGCUGGUGUCAUUAACGUCCCCCCUAUCACCCUCCUAUCUGUCCCGCCCGGUCUCCAAAGGGAAGAGACCUCGCCAUCCAAAGGCACUGUGGCCAAAUCCCCCGGCAGUGCUGUUCCUUCUCCUCCUCGAAUGCUCCUGAUCCCCGUCUCUCAAGCUGUCCCAGCAGUCCGUCCAGCCACCGCGUCACCGAUCACCCCUGGGCAGAAGAUGAUACUGCAGCCUGUGCGCGGCACGACAGGCACAAACCUCUACCGGCACCCCAAUGGGCAGCUGGUCCAGCUGGUGCCUCUUAGCCAGCUGCGGGCCAUCCAGCCCAACCUAGUCAUCCGCAGCCCAGGUGGAGUCGUCCGCUUGCCUACACCUUCUGUCACUGUGUCAAACCCAGCCAUUUCCCCCACCUCCGCUAUCAAGACCCCACUGACCACUGCUGUCACCAAGGUCAUCACAGACACCUCUCCCACUCCAGUCGUAAACCAGUCCCCAACUAGCAGCAUCCUCACCAGCACUGUCACUAUCCAAGCCACCUCCCCUACCACACUUCCAGAGUCGCCUGCCUGCAGCUCUGACGGUGUCACCAAGACGACCCCAUCCACUCUGGCUACUUCGCCUGCUUCUGCCCCUAAACUCUCAUCCCUCUCAGGUGCUACAGCCUUUACGCUCAGCACCCUCACUCCGUCCCUCAAAACUAUUCCUGGAUUUCUCGGUCAGACUGGGACCUACACAGUCAGAAUUGCCCCGGGAACCAAGGAGUCUAAGGUCAUCACCCUAAAUACAACAGGACCGCUACCAAAUUCUCCAGAGGUUCUCUCUGGCCAGAGUGGUUUUACCUUGCUUCAGAUUCCAAAACCUGCUGUCACUGUAAAACCCACUCUAAGCCAAGUUGUAAUCACACCAAUGAAACCAGACGUGGUCACCAAUAUACCAGCAAAGAAUGACACUAUCAACUCCCCUUCCUCAAAUGACCAGGCUCCUGAGGUCCACGGGGAUAAAGAUCCUUCCCAGGAUGCCCCAGUGGCACCGGCCCGUGCCGAUCACUCCUAUACUAGUGGUCAAGACUCAUCAAAAGAGUCAAAGGCGAGUGCAGAUGAUGGCUCAUUUACUGCAGGCUCUACUCAGGAGAAAUCAAGCUCUGUCAGUUCUGCAGAAAGUCCAACCAUCAAACCAUGCGAAAUUAUUCCCAGUUCUGUGCCCUCCACUAUGGUUGGCCAGCAGCCACCCAGCCUCAUGGUUCCAGUAAUAAACAUCUCAGAGGUCAUCAGCGCAGUAUCUGCUGCUGAAAAGCGCUCCAAGGAGUCUGCUUCAGAAUCGCCUUCUGGGGCUGUAGUUCCCGGGCCAAUGGAUACGGGUUUUGAUGUGUUGGCGGUGGAGCGGGAGGCCAUACCCAAGGCGUCCCAGGAGAAGCGGCUCUUGGAAGAAGGAGAGGUAGAGGUGGAGGCAGACAUGGAAGUAACUGGAGAAUCGGAGGAGUUGACUGACGACUCUGAGGAAGAAUCUGAAGAUGAGAGUGUCAGCUUAGCCAUGGACCCAGAAGACAGUGAGGAGGAUGAAUCUGUGGAUAUUGAGACCGUAGAAGAGUUAACAGAAAAAAUCAACAUUGCACGAAUGAAGGCAGCUGCUAUGCAGAUGAAGUUGGACAAAGUACUCAUGUUUGAAAACAAAACAGUGACUGAAUCCAACGAAUCGCCGCAGAAGAGACGGGAGGAAACAAUGGUGGAAGAGCAGGCAAACGUGGCGGGCCGCAUCCAGCACAACGUAACAGAGCGCCGGCGACGUACUGAGCUCCGGGGGCUCUUCGAGAAGCUGAGGCACAUACUGGGCCUGCAGCACAUGCCCAAAGCCUCCAAGUACUUCAUACUGAAACAGGCUAAUGGCGAAAUUCAGGCUUUGGUGGAUCAGAAUGACCACCUGGAAGAGAGAAAGAGGUUGUUAAAUCGACAACGUGCUACUUACAUCAAGAAGAUCUCUCAGACAUCUGGAAAGACAGAGGAGCUGAUCAUCAAGAAGCUACAGGACAUCUGUGCCAAACAGAAGAGCUUGGAAGCUCAGAGGAGGAAGAAGGCUGGGGUGCCUGUGGACCCUAAACCUAGCAAGCCAAAGGUUUCACCACCUGCAAACUUGGAGAACCUGUCCAGACCAUAUUCUUCAUCGAGGAGACCUAAUAUUUUAUCCCGGAGAAAACUCCCAGUGUCUCAAGUGCUGCCCACCGCGUUGGUGUCUGCGAAUGAUGGGUCUCUUGUCUCAGGACUCAAUGCUGUGGUGUCAAACCAGCAAAUUCUAACUGUCAAGAGUCCACUGGAGCCCAUCACAACUCUUCUACAGCCAAACAAGGUCACUGCCAGUGGAGUGGUGCUUUCCCCUGUCCCUGGUGUGGCUUCAGUGACAAUUAAUGUCCCAGGAGUGUCACUUCCGAUUCAGGUCAAGAGCCCACUUCCUGAUGCUUCUGUUUCAUUGUCAAGUCAACCUACAAGCAAAAAAAACAACUCGGAAGUUGCAGCACCGAAAAAUUUAACCAUCACUAAAAUCAUAAGUAUCAAGUCAGUUCUGCCCUCUCCACAAAAAUCAGAGCAAAGUGAUCAGAAUUCAUCCAAGUCCACCCAGCACCUUGGCUCCUGCCCGGGGUCCGGUCCUGAAUCAGGAGGAGAUCUGGAAGGAGCCACCCAAGGAAAAUGGGGCUUAGAAGAUGGAGAAGUGAUCGGAGACCAGCUUUCUUGUGACAGACCGAGGGUUCCCAAAGAGGAACCGACGGUUAAUGGCAUAGGUACCAUCAAGCAGGAAGAAGAGGAUGACGAUGACACAGAUGAUGAUCCUGAAGAUGAGAAGCUGACAUCACUGCUCAAUGAGAUUGCUUUCCUCAACCAGCAAACAAACAGUGAGGAUUCUGAGGGCACACAGUCCCAAACACAGAAAGUCAGGCAUGUCCUGCAAAGAGGGGAGACUGUCAAACCUGAACCAGUGGAUCAUGGUAAGGGACAUGAGGGCGAUGAUGAGCGCUCCCUCAGCCCACUCUUCCUCCAGCUUGAUGAGGACCUGCUGGGAUCGAUGGAGGAUCAGUCGGAGGAGAAAUUACCUCGAGCAGGAGCAGAUGAUUUGGUCAAAGUAUCUUUUGGAUCAAGAAAUCACCCGGAACAUAAACGCGAUGCAACUAUGGCCAAUGGCCUUCGACAAAAGAGCCCUCCCAGCUCUGUUAAAGGGGGGGCCCUGACUCCACCCCCCCUCCUGCAAAUGAAAGCUGGAAAUGCUGCAGUGUCUGCAGACUCUAAGUCCAAGGGUGGUGAGAACGAAAGCGAGGUCUCCUGGAGGCCCAUGCCAAGGCUUGCCCCAUUGGGACGAAAGACGAGCAAUCCAAAUCAGGACAUGGAUACGGGGGUCAGGACCCCCCCAGACCCUCUGAGUCAUCAUAAAGAUAACACUCUGAACACCACCUGAUAGUCUUCCUUGUGAGUCACCAAACCAAUCAGGGAGAACUAUUCAGAUUUAUGAAUGUUUGUUUGAUCUAGGGCUUGAGAUCUAUGUGUGUGUUGUGUUUUUAUGUUUCCUCCUUCCCUCUCCCAUGAACUUUUACCCAAUGUGCCUAACAAAUCCAAAUGAGAAUGUGCCCCCUCUCCUCUGCAGUUAUGGGGGGAAACUGAAAAAUGUCUCCUUCCUGCUUUGUCAGUAAAGCUGGCUUUUUAAUUUUUGUUUUGUUUUUUUUGUAAGGGGAGGAGUCGGGAGUUAACCCUGUGUUUCAUUUGAAACUGUUGUUUGUCCUAUAACAUUAUGAUCACGUGUAAAGGACGAUGUUUGCUGGUGUCCUCUGUCCUGGAGACGAUUUAGCAGUGUAGAAAGGCAGCCUAAUCUAAAGAACAUGGCUUUGUUGUGACAGACUGUGUUCUAUGGUACUGAGUAUAAAUGUUAUCUGAGGACAAAAUGCCAAUUUGCAAAAUUCCUUCGUUCUGCAAACUAAACAGUGGAAAUUGUUACAGAAAUAAAUACAGACCUGCAGGUCAUUGUCUAUGCUCAUGACCUUUCUGUGAGCUGCAUAGGUCGGACUCUGAGCAUGACGUCAAACACUUAAGUGUUCAGUGUGUAACAAAUGAUUAUGUUCAUACUAGUCAGCCCACGUGUGCACUAGUCACACCGAAUACUAUAACAGUAGCGUUUCUAGUGAACUGUACCUUUAAAAAAAUAUAUAUUUCCCCCAUUGUAUGUAUGAAUUAAGGAGACUUGACGCCCUGUUUCAUAUCCUAGAGAAAUGUUUUCAUAGAUUCUAGUCUUGUUCAAAAAAAUGAACAAGAUUUCCCAAAAAACGGUAAAUAAAAUUUAAACAUUGCAUUAAAGGUUGUGAUUGUAGAAUGUCAUGCACAACGUGAAAGAAAAGGAAAUUAAUGCUAAUAUGCUUUAUCUAAGAACACCUUAAGCUUGACAGGCUGGCUCUAGAUAUAUCUUUGUUGGAAUGGAAUCCUGAAACGUUUAAAAUCUAUGAUGUCAUUGGCAUGAUUUUAUUUUUUACCAUUAUCAGCCACACAUUUUAGAUUUUGUGUUAGUAUUUUUAAUUUCCCAGCAAAAUAUGCUGACGUGGAUCAUUCAGGUCCAGAAAGUAAAAAUACAAACCAAUAUUUUUCAACCAAGCGGUUGAGUAUAUAGAGUACUCAGCUGGUUGGUUGAAGUAAAACUUGGUCCAGAUCUUUACUUCCUGGACCUGAACGAUCCACCUCUGAGAAUGUGUGUCCUUACUUCUGCUCUUUGGACUUUAGGCUGGGUAAGAUGGUACACAGGAUGGACAAGAAUUAUGGGAGAGGAAGUUGACCGAGUUUCAUUGAAAUCUGGUUUAAACACAUUAUGGUGAUGAACAGCCUUUAUACUGCUCUGGUAAGGCUGACUGUUACUUUCUCAAAGAACAAUUAAUACAAAACUGUACCCAUGUGUGCCUGACUUGCUUUAUAUUUAUCAUCAGUUUCAGGCAGCAUAAUUUCAUGGAUUUUAAGUUCCUGUCCAUUACAUAAAAUCUGUUUGCAUCACUGCUGAGUUAAAAAGCUAGCAAAUAUGUAUAGCAAAUAAUUUUAUCUGUAAAGAGGUGAAUAUGUAAAAUGUAUAUCUAUAAAAUUAACCAUAAGCUAUCAUGCAAAGUGUGCAACGGGAAGGCCUAGCAUGGUAUAAGUAGAAUUAAAAGCCAUCUGUUUCAUUGUGUAUCAAGUCUUUUUUUUUUUUUUAAUUCAAGAAAUGCGUACUCCUGUAUUUUGUGAAGACCAAUGUUAAUUUUUUUUUAUCAUUACCCAAGUAUUUUUGGAAAAACAAGGGUAUUUUUUCUUCUAGGUUUUUUUGUAUGAAAAGUGGCAAUAUUUUUAUAUCUACUAGUCAAGAUCCAAUAUUGGUGAGAAGAAAAGGCAAUGUGGUCUUGAAAUAAAAUAAAACUGUGUGUA